AUGUAUUAUGCGAACAUGAAUAUCAUUAAUCAUAAUAAAUCAAGUAGCAGUGAACAGAAAUCAUCAUUUGUACGAGAUGUUUCAAAUCAAACCUUUGACAUUACAAAAGAUUUUCAAGAAGAUAACGAUGAUAAUCAAAAUAGAUUCCCUGAUACAACGUCAGCUCAAAUAUUAACAAAGAAUGAACAACAUGUUAAACGAGAGAAUAUGAUUGACAAGUCUAAAACCAACAUCAUUGAUCAAACAUUAAUACAUAGUAAUUUAAUUGUUCGUGCAAAUAAUUUAGAAAGAUCAAACAGAAAACAUGUUUUAAUUAAUAUUCAUCCAGAAAUACGAACAAGUUCUCAUCAACGACCAAACCAUUCUAUUGUAGCUUCUGCACUUGCUAUUAUACUGUUAAUUAUUAUUAUCACGACUAUCGUAUAUAUUGUCAUUAUUAUAGUAAAAAAAGUACCUCAUAUUAAUUCAUUAUCAUUUUACAAACCUCCACGUUUAUGA